UCCUCUCACAUCUCUCUCUGAAGAAAUUAAAGAGUGUGCUUGUGAGAGAGAGAGAGAGAAUGGUUUCGUUCAGAGGUGGUGACAAGAGAACAGCCAUGCACAGGAACCUACAAGUCCCUCGCUCAAUCAUCAACUCCCACCAGCAGAAGCGUAAAGCCUCGUCAUCAGUAAUAUUACAUGAUUCAGUGUACUUACAAUCACUGAGGCAGACUCUGGAAGAAUUGAAUCGAGCAAUUGCUGCAUCACAAAAACUCAUCGACUACGAUCCAGUGCCUAUGCUCAUAGUUGAAGCACGAGAAGAAGGGUUUAUGAUAAAAGUGUUGAGCCAAAGGAGUUGCGAGGGGUUGCUGGUGUUCGUGUUGGAAGCCAUUGAAGAGCUGGGCCUUGAUGUUCUCCAAGCUAGGGUUUCUUGUGUGGACAGCUUCUGUUUAGAAGCAGUAAUUGGAAUCCAAAAGGACGAUAAAGAGACUGGCCAUUUGAAUGCGCAACUGAUUGAACAAGCAGUGUCUCAAGCUAUCCAAAGCUGGAAGGAACUUGAAGAUUAAGCAACAUAUCAUAAAUAAUUAAUUAAUGAUAUAUAUCCAGCUAGCAACUCUUGGGGUUUGGACUUGUUAAUUUUAUUAUUUUUAUUUCUUAAUUUCAUUCUGCCCUCUUAAGUGUUAGUUUCAUCCCUUUAAUAUAAUUUCAGCGGGCCAAGUGUUCACCUUCCGUGGCAUUGAUGAGUCAGAUGUGUAAUAGUGUGAGAUAAUAAUCAACUUUUUGGAGCUGUCAUAUAA